AUGGCUCUCUCUCUUUCAACCUUUCCCGCCAAGACCUUAACGACAAAAACUGUCAUCACUCACUUCCCACAAAACCCAAAAACCUUAAUUCUUGAACAAUGCAAGACCACUAGAGAUCUCAAUCAAGUACACGCCCAUCUCAUUAAAACGCGACUCGUCCACCACCCGUCCGUGGUUGAACCCCUCCUUGAAUCGGCCACUCUCCUCGUCUCCGAUGCCACCAUUGAAUAUGCCGAAUCCAUUUUCUGUGCACUCGAAAAUCCUGACUCGUCGGCCUACAAUGUAAUGAUCAGGGGAUAUACGAAGAAGGAAUUGCCUGAAAAGGCAAUUCUUUUGUUCAGGCAAAUGAUAGAACAAAUGGUGGAACCUGAUGAGUUUACGUUUCCUUCAAUUUUGAAAGCCUGUUCAAGGCUUAGAGCUUCGAGGGAAGGUGAACAAAUCCAUACCCAUGUUUUGAAAUUGCAAAAUGGGUUUGGUUCUAAAGAGUUUGUUGAGAAUGCUUUGGUUUUUAUGUAUGCUAGUUAUGGUCGAGUUAAUUUGGCGCGUCAAAUGUUUGAUGAAAUGUCUAAAAGAAGCGCUAUUACAUGGAACGCGAUGUUUUCGGGAUAUGUUAGAGCUGGUUAUUGGCAAGAAGUUAUUGGGUUGUUUCGGAAAAUGAUCGAAAUGGAUGUUGGUUUUAAUGAAGUGACGUUGAUUAGUGUUUUGACAGCUUGCGGGAGGGUCAGGGAUUUGGACUUGGGAGAGUGGAUUUACGAGUAUGUAGAGAGUAAUGCCUUCAAGAAAUGUGUGGUCAUGGACGGUGCUAAUUCAAGGUCUAGCUAA